CCAACCAUCCUCUCCGUGCUGAAGCCCGACGCAGUUCCCGGAUGGGACGGGGAUAAGGAGACCGCUAUCGACUACCUGUGGUCGGUGUAUGAGUUAGCGAAUGGAGGAGGAACUCUGCGACGAGCCGUGGGAUACUGGCUCUGGUUCAAAUUCGAGAAGGGCUCCGCCAUUCACCACUGGUACAUGACCUUGUCGCCGGAGCAGAAAGCGGACAUGCGCCGAGACGCGUACGUCUUCCUCGACGUCAUCAAGCGCGACUACCUGGGAGAGCCCUGGAUUCAGGACAUUACCACCGAGUUCAGGCUGCAGACAUUCCGCGAUCACCGACACCGCACAGAGUCGCCGAGUGCCUUCCUGCAUCGGAGGAUUCUGUACGCGAGAUCACUCGACCUCGCUCCGGUCAACUCGCCCGCCGAGAUCUCUCUCAUACUGCGAGCCGCUCCCAUGGAGUGGAGCAUUAUUCUAGUCCCGUCUACCAUUCCCUCUACCGACGCGCUUAAAGCCCGGGUCAUUCAAUUCGAGAAGCAGCUACUC